AUGCUGUCCAUUGUCCAGAGAAGACUCCAGUCCACAGUGGCGACUCCCGUCAAGAGGUCCAGCACCUCGCUCAGGGGCGUGCUGCUGGGCUUCUUUGCCGGCGUGUCCAUAACCGGAUUCGGCGCAUACUACUAUCUGCUAGACGAGUACAAGUCCUCGUCCAAUGCUGUCGUCUCCGACGUGCUACUUCUCCAGAAAAGCAUCAGAAAGCUCGAGAGCCAUCUUCGCAGCGACACGCAGUACUGCUACAACCAUCUGCCGCAGGGCGAGCGGUUUUCCAAAACGAAAAACGGGAAAACCGUCACCAGGGUCCCGUGUCCUCUGGACCCGUCGCACACUGUGUGGUCGGACAAGCUGCGCCGCCAUCUCAAAUCGUGCAACACUUUGAAAAAGAAGCUGGAAUUUGAGGCUAGCGUGCGCCAACUUCCGUGGCUGGUGGUGGACUUCAACGUCCGAGGAGAACCUGCGCUGGAAAGUAGUUCGCCGGACUACGCCGAGUUUGCAGCGUUUGUGCGCCGGUUCCGCGACGCCCACAAACAGUUGUACUCCUCAGACCUCGAAAUGAGCCAGAUCAACUACAAAUACGGGCUCGAAGAGCGGAUGAGCGAGGUCGGUAACCGCAAGCACGUGACGCAGCAGGCCUCGCUGAUCGGGCACAUGGCGCACGAAAACCUGCUUCGCGACGGCACUGUCUACGUGGAGUUUGGCUGCGGCCGCGGCGAGUUUGCCAGGUAUCUUCUGCGAGCGCUGGAUACGGAUCCGGCGCUGGUAGCAAGGGACAAACAGGUGCUGCUGGUCGACAGACAGUCGCCGCGGAUGAAGUUCGACACCAAAAUGAGAGAGGAGCAUACCAGCGGUGCAGUUACGGUCACCAGAUUCAAGACAGACAUCAAGGACCUGGACUUGGCGACCGCAGUCAGGAGUCUGGCGUUUCCGGGCAAGGUUGUGGGCUUUUCGAAGCAUCUAUGCGGAACGGCGACAGACCUCACGCUGCGGUGUCUGCUGAAUGCACGGAAAGAUCCCAAGUUCCAGUUCUCUGGGUUUUUGGUGGCCAUGUGUUGUCGCCACGCUUGUAAAUAUAACUGGCUGCUUGAGGAGUCGCGCGCCUACCUGAGGGAGAAAUUUGGCAUUGGACAGCAGGAGUUUCUCUAUCUGUCCAAGAUGGCUUGCUGGGCGACGAGUGGCGUCCGGCCGGGAAUGAGCGAGAGCGACGGAGCAGACCAUUUUACGGGGCUCAAUUUGAAAGAGAGGACGGAUAUCGGGCUCAGGGCCAGACGGGCGAUCGACGAAAGCCGCGUCUACGCUAUGCAACAGCACGGCUUCUCGGCAAAAUUGUUCAACUACGUGAGUCCAGACGUCAGCAUUGAAAAUAGCUGCAUGCUGAUAAAAAAUAUACAAGAGUAA